AUGUGCCGGAUUAAUGGCUCGGCCUGCCACAGGGCUCUCACUCCGGCGGCUCUGGUUUGUGAGCCGUUCAGCGUAGGAUGUGAGUUGUUGGAUGGCUCUCAGAUCCUGAGAUCUGUUGGCGGCAGCAUCAUCAGCCCUCGCACGGCCCAGCUGCCCGCUCUCCUCCGGCUUUGGUUCAGGUUUAUGUUCUAUAAGCGGAUGAUGUGCGAGGUGAUGCCCACCAUCAGCGAGGCAGAAGGGGGCGGGGCCGGCGGCCGGCGGGGCUCCGGCUCGCCGCUGCAGUCCGACUCCGAGGGCCACUUCGAGUCGCUGAUGGUGUCCAUGCUGGAGGAGAGGGACCGGCUCCUGGAGACUCUGAGGGAGAGCCAGGAGAACCUGGGCCUGACGCAGAGCAAGCUGCACGAAGUGAGCCAUGAGAGGGACUCGCUGCAGAGGCAGCUGAACACGGCGCUGCCACAGGAGUUCGCCGCUCUAACAAAGGAGGUGAACAUGUGCCGGGAGCAGCUUCUGGAGAAAGAGGAGGAGAUUGCAGAGCUGAAAGCGGAGAGAAACAACACAAGGCUUCUCCUGGAGCAUCUGGAGUGCCUGGUGUCUCGCCACGAGCGCAGCCUGAGGAUGACGGUGGUGAAGCGGCAGGCCCAGUCCCCGGCCGGCGUCUCCAGCGAGGUGGAGGUCCUCAAAGCCCUCAAGUCGCUCUUCGAGCACCACAAAGCGCUGGACGAGAAGGUGAGAGAACGGCUGCGGGUGGCUUUGGAGCGAUGCAGCGCUUUGGAGGAGCAGCUCACCAUGUCACACAAAGAACUGGCGUUCCUCAGGGAGCAGCACGGGCAGAAGAGAGGGCUGGCCGACGGCACCAGCGAGGUCAACCACACCUCUGAAAACACGCCCAGCACCAACGGGAAGCGCUCAUCGGACGGCUCGCUCAGCCUGGAGGAGGAGUCCACGGCCGGCUUUGGGAAGGUGGGCGAGCUCCAGGAGGUGGUGGAGCGCCAGACGGCCGACCUGGGCCAGAUGAAGGAGCGCAUGGCCUCCAUGGUGGCGCACAUCAGCGAGCUGGAGGAGGACCUGGACACGGCCAGGAAGGACCUGAUAAAGUCUGAGGACAUGAGCACCAGGCUGCAGAGGGACCUGAGAGAGUCCAUGGCUCAGAAGGAGGACAUGGAGGAGAGGAUCACCACCCUGGAGAAGCGCUACCUGGCAGCCCAGCGGGAGGCCACCUCCGUCCACGACCUGAACGACAAGCUGGAGAACGAAGUGGCCAAUAAGGAGUCUCUCUUCAGACAAACUGAGGAGAGAAACCGGCAGCUCCAGGAGAAGCUGGAGCUGGCCGAGCAGAAGCUGCAGCAGACCAUCCGCAAGGCCGAGACGCUGCCGGAGGUGGAGGCGGAGCUGGCCCAGCGGGUGGCCGCCCUCACAAAGGCGGAGGAGCGACACGGGAACGUGGAGGAGAGGCUGAGGCAGCUGGAGGCCCAGCUGGAGGAGAAGAACCAGGAGCUGCUGGGGGGGGGCCCCCCCCCCCCCCUUCCCCGGCCUCCGGGCAGCUUUUCCGUCUCGGGCCUGGCCAACCUGGCUCGACAGCGAGAGAAGAUGAACGAGGAGCACAACCGGCGCCUGUCGGAGACGGUGGACAAGCUGCUGUCCGAGUCCAACGAGAGGCUGCAGCUGCACCUCAAAGAGAGGAUGUCUGCCCUGGAGGACAAGAACGCCCUGAUACGGGAGCUGGAUCACACCAAGAAGCUGAUCGAGGAGUCUCACCACGAGAAGGAGCAGCUGCUCAUCCAGAUUGAGACGAUGAGGGCCGAGAACGAGCAGGGACGGAGCCGGAGCAACUCCCUCCUGCACGGCCGCGCCCAGCUGGGCAGCACGCCGGACUUCAGGUACCCCGUGUCGGCGUCCUCCAUGCUGGACAGCAGCUCGGAGCACUACGGCGGCGCCCUGGUGCUGCGCCGGCCCCAGAAGGGCCGCGUGGUGGCGCUGCGGGACGAGCCGUCCAAGGUCCAGACGCUGAACGAGCAGGAGUGGGAGCGCAUGCAGCAGGCCAGCGUGCUGGCCAACGUGGCCCAGGCCUUCGAGAGCGACAUGGACGCCUCGGACCUGGAGGAGGACCGGGAGACGGUGUUCAGCUCGGUGGACCUGCUGUCCCCCGCCGGCCAGGCCGACGCCCAGACCCUGGCCCUCAUGCUGCAGGAGCAGCUGGACGCCAUCAACAACGAGAUCAGGGAAAAAAAAGCCCCCCCCGCCGCGGAGGGGGAGUGCCGGGUGGGCAGCGGCGAGAGCCUGGGGGGGCGGUUCCGCUCCCUGAGCUCCAUCCCCCCCUCGCUGUGCGCCGGCUCCUCGCUGGGCAGCUCGCCGCCCGGCUCCGGCCACUCCACCCCCCGCCGGGUCCCCCGCAGCCCCAACAGAGAGCUGGACCGGAUGGGCGUCAUGACCCUGCCUAGCGACCUGCGCAAGCACCGCAGGAAGGUAAACCAGCGGCCCGCCUCUCCGGGGCUCUGCCAGCAUCCUCAGAUCUGCUCCCUUUUCUCCGGGACUCCAGAGGCGGAGGGCUCCCAGAAGGAGGGUCUGGGGAUGGGCACGCUCGGAGGUCCAGCAGAGAAGAGCCGGAAGCUGCAGAAGAAGCAUGAGCUGCUGGAGGAGGCCCGGCGGCAGGGCCUCCCCUUCGCCCAGUGGGACGGCCCCACCGUGGUGGCCUGGCUGGAGCUGUGGGUGGGCAUGCCGGCCUGGUACGUGGCGGCGUGCCGCGCCAACGUGAAGAGCGGCGCCAUCAUGUCGGCGCUGUCGGACACCGAGAUCCAGAGAGAGAUCGGCAUCAGCAACCCGCUGCACCGCCUCAAGCUGCGCCUGGCCAUCCAGGAGAUCAUGUCGCUGACCAGCCCGUCGGCGCCGCCCACCUCCAGAACGACCACAGGAAACGUCUGGGUCACACACGAGGAGAUGGAGACUCUGGCGGCCACGCCCCCCACGACGCUGGCCUACGGCGACAUGAACCACGAGUGGAUCGGGAACGAGUGGCUGCCCGGCCUGGGCCUGCCCCAGUACCGCUCCUACUUCAUGGAGUCGCUGGUGGACGCCCGCAUGCUGGACCACCUCACCAAGAAGGACCUCCGGGGGCAGCUCAAGAUGGUGGACAGCUUCCACAGGAACAGCUUCCAGUGCGGCGUCAUGUGUCUGAGGAGGCUCAACUACGACCGGACCGAGCUGGAGAGGAGGAGGGAGGAGGGGCAGCUGGAGCUGAAAGACGUGCUGCUGUGGAGCAACGAGCGCGUCAUCAGCUGGGUUCAGGCCAUCGGCCUCAAAGAGUACAGCAGCAACCUGUACGAGAGCGGCGUGCACGGGGCGCUGAUGGCUCUGGACGAGAGCUUCGACCACAACGCGCUGGCCCUGCUGCUGCAGAUCCCCACGCAGAACACACAGGCCAGAGCCACUCUGGAGCGCGAGUACAUCAGCCUGCUGGCCCUCGGCACCGACCGGAGGAUGGAGGAGGAAGACGACAGGAACUUCCGCCGCGCGCCCUCGUGGAGGAAGAAGUUCAGGCCCAAAGACGUGAGGGGGGUGGGCGCGUCGGACACGCUGCCCGCCAGCUUCCGGGUGGCGGGCGGCAGCGCGGCGUCGCCCUCCACGCAGCCAAAGAGGAGCCAGAUGGACGGUCAGUCUGUCCAGAGGCUGGACGCCGCCGCCGUCAGGACCUACUCCUGCUAA